AUACUUAGAAAUUAAUAGUAUAUUUAUUUACUAAAUUUUAUACUCCACUCGUAAAUGAAAAAGUUUAUUUUUAACGUGUUUUCAUAGUUUCAAAUUCCCGCUUUACGCGAUGACGUGAAUUUUUACACUAAACAAUUGGUACACUUGCGGCAGCUGAUCUGCCAACACUACUGUCAAAAUAACCUCUUGUUAUUUUAAUUUUCUAUUUAAAAAUAAAAUCUCCACCUAAUGAGUUAUGGAUAUUUAAAGAUAUAAAGAUAUAAACAAAAAGUGUCUACAAUUUAAAGAAACAAAUCGAUUUCCUACUAAAUGUAAAUAACCUCGCCUUUCGCCCUCGUAUAAUUAAUUAACUUUUGUUUUUAUUUGAAAAAAAUUUUCACUCCAAGAACAAUUUAAAAUAAGUCUAUCAAUAUGUUGAGCCGAUUUAAAUCCGCGUUAAUGAACGCUGUCGGUGCAAGUGAAUUGGGUUUACAAUAUCCUCACGAUUCAGACAGUGAUGCAGUUGCGGAUUAUAUUAAUUCCAAUUUAGUGUUAGAAGUGGAAUGCAAACCUUACAGUAGACCGAGUUUUUUAGGUCUUACCAAUGAUGAAAUACAGGUUAGUGCUGAUCAUCGAGUGAGACCGAUUAUGGUUCCACGAGAUUUGAGUCGUUUGCCCUGGUGUGCUGGCUAUGCAGAAUGUAUAAAUGCAGGUAAAAGUACCUGGAAUGAAGAUCAGGCAACGGCAACGCGAGGAGACUUAAAAUUACCCGAUUCAAAUACUUCAUUACCUUACAUUCUAUUUUCCAUGUUUGAUGGACAUGCUGGAUAUCAAGUUGCACUCACCUCGAGAUUAUAUCUUCAUCGAGUUAUUCUUGAAAGGUUACUCGCUAUUCCGGAGAAUAUUUUAUUGAGCGAAGAAGAAGAGAAUUUAGUCAAAGGCAGAGAUUUAGUAAUUGGCGCGAUAGAAUUAGCUUAUAGACAAAUGGAUCAAAUGGUUGAGCUUCAAGCUCAAAAUGGAGGUGGUGGUUGUACGGCGAUAUCAGUUUUAUUUCUUAAUGGACGAUUGUAUGCCGCUGGUGCUGGCGAUUCCAGGGCAAUUCUUGUUCUUGGAGAAAGUGAACGAGCUUUAACGAGAGAUCACACUCCGGAUUCUGAAUCAAAUCGUAUACGAGCUUUAGGCUAUUUAAAGGGCAAUGAUUUAUUAAAGGGGCACUUUACGUCCUUGGAGUUUAAAAAGCGACCAUUGCAAAAAGAUUUGGGCUCUAUGAUUUUGUAUCGGGAACCCUAUAUGACUGGCUGGGCCUAUAAACUCUUAACACAACCGGAUUUAAGAUUACCACUUAUUUCCGGCCAUGGAAAGAGAAGUCGAGUAAUGGGAACGAUAGGAGUGACUAGGGGUUUUGGCGAUCACGGCCUAAAGGCAGUUAAUACGGGAGUAAAUAUUAAACCAUUUUUAUCAUCACAACCAGAAGUCCAAUCUCUGAAUUUAGAGGAUUAUAAUUUAAGCGAAAGAGAUUGCAUUAUCAUGGCCACUGAUGGUUUAUGGGACGUUGUCAGUGACAAUGAUGCUGCAAAUAUUCUCAGGAAGACAUUAGCACCCGAUACACCAUCUCUAGAGUACAGAUUAACAAUGGGUGCUCAAGAAUUAGUACAAGCGGCAAGAGGGAAAUUAAUUGGCCGUUUAUGGCGUGGAAAAUCGGAAAAUCCAGACGACAAUGACGAGACAUUAUUGCCAAUUGCGUCUGUCGAUGAUAUUAGCGUAAUGGUGAUACCACUUUAUCCUUAUCUUUGUGAGCAUCGACAAUGGCUAAAAAAUGCACAACAAGAGAGAAGAUAUUCAACAGACUCAUCACAAAUGCAAACGAAUAGUAAAAUUUGAGGUAUGGAGAGUUGGUAUUUUUAGAUCAAUAGAAAAAAUGCUUUAGGAACAAAUUUAAAAAAAGAAAAAAAAAACAAAUUCACAUUCUUAUCUUAUUAUUUUACAACACGUUACGAUAUAAAGUACUGAGCAUUUAAAAAAACAAGUGCAUUAGAAAUCGAACGAUUAGUUACAGUAUUCUUUAGAAUUUAAUUAAAUCAACUCAGAAUGAACUGCCGCAAAUUAAAAAUAGUCUUUAAUCUUGAUGUGUUUAUCACAUUUUAAAAUGUGAACGGGCGCAUUUUUUUUGUACCAAACGGAAUAAGUGAUAUAUAUUUUUUAUUUUAAUGAUUUCAACGAAGUAGAUAAUAUAUUUUCUAAGGGCAGCUACAAUUGUCAAUACGGACUAAUUUCUUUAUUAUUUUUAUUUGUUCCUCGACUAAUUUUACUGAAUUAUUGUUUUAAAUUUUAACUUUAUCAAUUUUUUAAAUACAAUGCAAUAUUGUAUAAUUAAUUAUAUAUAAUAUAAUUAUAAACAAUACAAUUAUAAUUCUAUGUCAUAACUAAAAUUGUAUAUUUUAUAAUUAUAUUGUAAAUUUUACAAUUGUGAUUUUACAAUUGUGCAUUUUAUAAUUGUACAUUUUAUACUUCUAUAAUUUAUCACUGUUUAUAAUAAUAUAUAAAGUCUGAUAAAUUAUACCAAGAUUAAAAUUAAUGGAACAAGAAAUACCAAAAGAACAAAAGAAACAUUCCAGUUUAACUGUGUGUGCGUGAAUUUGUUUUGUAUGUAACUGAGAAAUAUACGUAUUUCUAUAUUCUAAAAUUCUAAAUUUAUUCGUGAAUAAGAAAUUUUUACGUAACUUUUGUGAAUGAGUGAUUUUAUUGUUUUUUGUGAAAAAAAAAGUAUUUGUAUGAUUAUGAUGAAAGAAAAACACAGAAUGGCAUUAAUUGAAUGUUACAUUUUUUUCAUUCUUCUUCACGUUUGAAAAUAAUUGCAAUUAAUUUUUUUCGAAUAAUGGAAUAUUUGAUAUUUUAUAAAAUAUAACAAACAAAAAAAAUUGUAAAUAGUUCAAUUUUUGCUUGCAGUCUUUUUUUCGUGGGGAAAGGGGAAGAAAGUGUUGUUAAGUAGAAUUUAUGAAAUUCUUUGUAAACUACAUUUAAUAAGUGAUUUAGUGUAUAAUGUACACAAUAAAAAUUAUUCUUAAUUAUAUGCAGAUUUACAGAA